AUGGGCACGGCAACUCUGACGACAGACCAAGAAGAGCUUCAGAAACGGAAACCGACCCAAGCGUCUCAGCUCCUCUGCCGCAGCGGCCCGCCGCGACGCAAGAUGGGGACAGACGCCCCCGCCCCCGCCCCGGCCGCGGCCGCCGGAGACGGCGACGCGGCCCGGAAGCGGCCGGGCGGGCAGGACGCGGCCGCGGGCGCCGACAGCAAGCGCCGCCGCGCGGAGCACCCCUCCUCCGGCUCCCGCGAGCGCCACGGCCAGCAGCCGCAGCCGCAGCCGCAGCGGCAGCAGAGGCCGGGGCGCCCCGGGGACGGGGGCAAGGGGAAGAGGGAGACGAUGCGGGCGUCGCACAUCCUGAUCAAGCACGAGGGGUCCCGGCGCAAGGCCUCGUGGCGGGACCCCGACGGCGUCGCCAUCUCCGCCACCACCCGCGACGACGCCGCCGACCUCGCCCGCGCCCUCCGCGACCAGAUCGCCGCCGGGGAGCUCCAGUUCGACGCCGCCGCCCGCGACAACUCCGACUGCAACUCCGCCAAGCGCGGCGGCGACCUCGGUCCAUUCGAGAAGGGCAAGAUGCAGAAGCCUUUCGAGAAGGCAGUGAUUGCUCUGAAGGUGGGGGACAUGAGCGACGUGGUUGACACUGAGAGCGGGGUGCACAUCAUCCUGAGGACCGGGUGA